GGUAUUCAUAUGCAUUUUGAUACAAUUUGCAGGAAAUUGAAUUUACUAAAAUUCAAUUGGAAAUUAACUCAAUAACUUAUAGAUUUUGCGACAAAUGAUGACUGAAAUCGAUUAUGAUUCAGAUGGCAUCGUAUCGUUGGAAGAAUGGAAGCGCGGUGGCCUUGAAUAGAAUAAUUAAUAUGGAUAUGCUUUUUUCUUCCAGGAAAUGAACGAAGAUGGAAUUCACAUUUGGAAAUUGAGACAUUUCAGCAAGCCAACGCAUUGUAACGUUUGUAUGAAUCUCUCGAAUGUUGGGCAAACUAUGCUAAAAAGCUAAAUUGCAGUAUGCAAAUACACAGUGCAUGAAAGAUGUGUGCGCAGUGCUGCAAACAAUUGUAUUCGCACAUAUACAGCAAAUCGUCAAGGUGAAGGUCAAAUGCUGCACCACUGGAUUGAAUCAAAUGGUGGCGGAAAAUGUGCAAAAUGUCAUUGCAUGGUGUCUAACUAAAAUUUAAUAAAAAUUUAAUAUCCUAUAAUUCAGCUUCACAAAAAAUGUUUGCCUUCGUGGCCAAUAAUUUGUACUUUUGGAACACUUGCAUAUCAUAUAUUACCACCUACCAAUAUAUAUCCUGCAUUUCUGGAUCGAAAACAUUUUUUUUAUCAUUUUCAUAUAAUUUUCGAUUGCUUAAAGGCAGUCCAACCAGUCGGCAACAGAAAGCCUUUGUUGGUAUUAAUUAAUCCUAAAAGUGGUGGAAAACAAGGUGAAAAAAUUUAUCGGAAAUUCCAAUAUUUACUCAAUCCUCCUUAAUUUUACUAUUUUUGCAUUUCCAUAAGAUAUUUUAGACUUCGGUUAUUUGCAACAUUGGAGGACUACAAUGUUUUGGUUUGCAAAUUUUAUGAACUGUGAAGUUACAAAAUGAUUUAUUAAGAUAAAAUGGAUUAUAAGCAGAAUCGGCCAGCAGUUGCCCUUUUACCACUGGGCACUGGAAACGACUUGGCUCGUUGCUUGGGAUGGGGCGGUGGGUAUGAAAAUGAAGCGCUUCAUAAAAUAUUACAACGCAUCCAAAACACAAAACAUAAAAAACACAUUCAAAAAGAUUUAAUUUAGAUUUAUAUGGAUCGGUGGCAAAUAAAUAUUGAACAAAUAAUGCGAACAUCACAAGGAGAUUAUCAAUAUGACUGUCAUCUCAUUGAUUAUACUAUUAUUGUUCAGGAUGCUUCUAUAGCGCAUAGAUUUCACAUAAUGCGCGAGAAAUAUCCAGAGAAGUUCAAUAGUCGGAUGCGAAAUAAAGCUAACCAAUUCCUAACUAAAGAAAUAACGUAAUUCACAGACAUAGUUAUUCAGUGUGAUGGUGAAUAUAUUGAUCUCGGUGGGGGUCCAACUUUGGAAGGCAUAGCGCUAUUAAAUAUUGGAUCGAUGUAUGGUGGAAGCAAUUUAUGGGGUACAAGCAAGAAACGAUCUUCAUCAUGGCAUCUACCUCUUAUUUUUCCACAGCCUUUCAGCAGCAAUAUCCAUAACUGUAGGAAUAUUUAGGACAUUGGCGAUCGUUUAAUAGAAGUCGUCGGUUUGGAAUCAGCCAUGCAAGUGGGCAAAAUUAAAGCUGGAGUUCGAGGCGACAGAAGUAAAAGUGAUUUUAAAAUAAAGUCCCAUUUUAGAACGCAUAAGUCAUUUCCGAUGCAAAUUGAUGGUGAACCAUGGAUGCAACCACCUUGUAUCAUCCAAAUAACGCA